GUGUUGGCUAAUUUUCUAUUGAAGCAGCUGAUUGGUAGUGUUGACAAAUGUCGAUCAUAAAAAACCUCGCUACGAGCGGGAACUCCACGCCGGUGAAAUAAAAGAAAAUAAAAAAUUAAAAAAUUAUAUAGAAUCACAGUGUAAUUAGUUUCUGAAUACUUAUUAAAUCUAUAUAAAGGAAUACCUGUGUGAAUAUCAUUGAAAACAAAAAGAAAUUCAUUUGUAAAGACGAGAUCUCACCGCAAUGAGUUUUUUGAAACCAAAAACCCAUAUAGAACAAGGCGAUGUUGUUAUACUCUAUUUAAGUGUGAAUUCCAUGCAUGCCAUUGAGGCAGUGCCCACAAUAGUGAACAAAAAGGGCGAAACGAUAGCCAACAUAUUCCAGACAUCGUAUGGAUCGUUAAAAGUGGAAAGUAUCAUUGGUGUCGAAUAUGGCAGUCGUGUGGAGCUUUCCAAGGGCUGGGCUUAUGUCUUACAGCCCAAUCCCGAAUUGUGGACUCAAACUCUACCACAUCGCACACAAAUCAUCUAUACACCCGAUAUUAGUAUGAUCCUGCAUCAGUUGGAAGUUCGUCCUGGUGCUGUAGUCAUUGAGUCGGGCACCGGCUCGGGAUCGUUAUCGCAUUAUUUUCUGCGUGCUUUAAAACCCACUGGACACCUGCAUACGUUUGAUUUCCAUGAGGCACGAGCCGAUCAAGCUCGUGAGGAAUUCAAAAGGCAUGGUCUGGCUGAGUUUGUGACCGUUUAUCAUCGGGAUGUAUGUAAUUUGGGUUUCACCAGCGAGUUAGAUGGUGUGGCGGAUGCCAUCUUUUUGGAUUUACCUUCACCGGAUUUGGCAGUGCCGCAUGCCUUUAAGGCGUUAAAGUUGUCGGGCGGUCGCUUUUGUUCGUUUUCACCCUGCAUUGAGCAGUCACAACGUUGUAUUCAAGAACUGACCAAAUUGGGAUUCAAUGAGAUCUGCUCCAUGGAGGUGUUGCAACAGGAGAACGUGGUUAAAACUCGUACUGUGCCUGUCAUUGAUUUGGAGUUCCUUAAAUCUCCCAAAACCAGCGAGACGCCAACAAUCAAUGAGGAUAAUAAAGCCAACAAAGAAUCGAAAAAGUAUCUAACCUCAAGUAAUCCUCAGAUCUUGCCCGGUCACACGGGUUUUCUCACCUUUGCCACACUCCCUCCCAACAUAGCCAAAUAAAAAAUCGAUUUUAUAAAUUUUA